AGUUGCAUAGAUUUUGGCAAGAGAAUCCUUAAACAUGAAGAGUUCCUUAUUUCUGACGAAACUGAACCGGUUGUUGAGCCAGCAAAUGGACAAGAUAUUGCCACGUGGCCCCCCACCCAGCCUCACGACCGUGUCUCCAUUUCUCGUCUUUCACUCAUCUUCUGCAUGUUACCUUCUCCCACAUUCUCACUCUCUUAUAGCAACCAGAACCAUUAUUUCAUCGCAAAACGGGUACAAAAUAUCUGAAUCCAUCAUGAAAAAUUACUCACAAGAUACUCAGGAGUCGAUAAAAGAACAGCAGAGAGAAGGGUAUUGCAAGGCAGCUUGUGAUGCAUCAAAAGGUGUAGCUGAUGAUAUACUCCCUCACAUUCUCAACCUCUAUGCCUCCCGUGCAACAUCUAAAGAUUUUGACAUGUAUGCUCCACAUGCAACCUUUGAAGACCCCCUUAUGUGUGCACACGGGGUACAACAGAUCAAAUCGGCAUUCUAUUCACUUGCUAAGGUCUUCAGUGAAUCGAGAAUUGUGGAGUAUAGUAUCGAAGAAAACGUAAUUUCACCAGGAAAGGAGGAGAUACUUAUUGACAACAAACAAUAUUACAAGUUUAUGGGGAAAGACAUAAAUAUGAUAUCACUCAUCAAGCUGUACAUAGAGGAUGGGAAAAUUGUUCGUCACCAGGAUUGGUGGGAUAAAAAACCGUUAUGGAAUAGAGAUACGGUUAAGUUGCCCGUCGUUGGUCGAAUCACUGAGAUGACACGCCGAGCUUCCAUGUUUGCGACUCAUGCUCUUAUGAGGUUUGGCAAGGACCCGACCAUGUGAUGUUAUACGAACGACAGAGGGCAUACUUUUUAGUCUUCUAAUAUGCUUCUAGCUUAAUCUCUCCAUAUGAAUUUGGUGGCUUAUGCUGUCCUGUUUGGCACUUUCUUGUGAUUAUCUUUGUUGGUGAUCUUUCAUAUAACAGAUGUAUUGCUCUUGGUAAUACGGAUUAGUUAUAUAGUCCUUAAGAGGAAUUGGGUAUUCGAAGGGGAGGGUAGAUUCCCUUCUUUUUCAUUUU